UUUUUAUAAAUAAUAAUAUGAAUUCUGAAUUUUAUUAAUUAUAUUAUGCAUUUGAUUGCGAAUUAUCGAUCAAACUUGAUCGAAAAAAUGACAGCAUAGAAACGAAUAAACGCAUAGGGAAUUCUCAUUUUUCUAUUAUUUAAGACAGGUAAAAUAUUUUAUACUAUUAUUAUUCUACAUAAUUACAUUGGAAACAAAUGUAAAGACAGCUGAUAUUUUUAUUAUCUUAGUAAUAAUUAUAUAUCAAUGAAAAAACGUGCAUGAAUGCUGUUCGUACUUAUAAUCAUUAUUUUUCAAUAUAUAUUGUAAUAAAAUUAAUUGAUUGUAUGAGAUAAUUAUAAAUCUUUAUAGAGUAGCGACACUUGGAAUGGAGAAAACUAAGACUGCAUUUUGUACAGAUAUGGAUAAAUCUGUGAUAGUGCAUAAUUUUGAAAAAAGAGGUUGGUCACAAGUUGGUCCACAAGAUGAUUGGAAUGUUUAUUGGGCAGCUACGCAAUCAUGUAGAAAUAUUUUUAGCGUAGAAACCGGAUAUAGAAUGAAUGAUAAUCAGAUUAUAAAUCAUUUUCCAAAUCAUUACGAAUUGACCCGAAAAGAUCUUUUAGUAAAAAAUAUUAAACGUUAUCGCAAAGAUUUAGAACGGGAAGGGAAUCCUCUCGCAGAAAGAGGAAGUGGAUCGGGAAAGUAUCUUCAUUUGGAUUUCAUACCAGUUACUUUUGUUUUACCGGCAGAUUACAAUAUGUUCGUGGAAGAAUAUCGAAAGUCACCACAAAGUACGUGGAUUAUGAAACCAUGUGGGAAAUCUCAAGGGACGGGAAUAUUUUUAAUAAAUAAAUUGAGUAAAUUAAAAAAAUGGUCGCGGGAAGUUCGAAAUCCAUUUAAUCCAAAUCUUACCAAGGAAUCUUACGUUAUAUCUAGGUACAUAGACAAUCCACUUUUAAUUGGAGGGAAAAAAUUUGAUCUUCGUUUAUACGUUCUUGUUGCAUCUUUUCGUCCAUUGAAAGCUUAUUUAUUUAAACUUGGUUUUUGUCGUUUUUGUACUGUAAAAUAUGACACCAGUAUUCAAGAAUUAGAUAACAUUUAUGUACACUUAACUAAUGUUUCUGUACAAAAACAUGGUGAUGAAUAUAAUAGUAUACACGGUGGAAAAUUAAGUUUACAAAAUUUACGUUUGUAUUUGGAGAGUACGCGAGGGAAAAUUGUAACGGAAAAAUUAUUUUCAAAUAUUUCUUGGUGCAUUGUACAUUCUUUAAAAGCUGUUGCACCUGUAAUGGCAAAUGAUCGUCAUUGUUUCGAAUGUUACGGUUACGAUAUUAUUAUUGAUAAUAAAUUAAAACCAUGGCUCAUUGAGGUCAAUGCUUCUCCAUCAUUAACAUCGACAACAGUAAAUGAUCGAAUAUUAAAAUAUAAAUUAGUAGAUAAUAUUAUAUCUGUAGUUUUAUCACCAAGUGGAAUACCUGAUGUAAGAUGGAAUAAACGUCCACGUCCAGAAGCAUUAGAUAAUUUUGAACUCCUUUUGGACGAAGAACUAUCGACACAAGAAGAGAAAGUCAAUUCAAUAGAUAAAUAUCGAAAUUUAUCUGGUAAAUGGAAAUAA